AUGGCUUCCCUCUGUCGGCGCCCCUUCGCCAUCGCCAGCGUCUUCAAGCAAGCUCCCAAAGCCUCUCACAUCACGUACCGAAGCUUCCAAACCGCCACCACCAAGCAGGCCAUCAGCUUCACCAGCAGUAUUAAGCCUGCCACCACGCCACUGCAGACCUUUGCACGAGCACGACAAGAUGUCUUCAAGCGCGCUUUGCAACAAGGAGGCAGUAAGAGGGGCUAUCAACAGACUGCCGCUCCGCCCAACCCGCUGGCGCAAGGCAAUUUGACCCAGAGACUUGUCUAUGGUGGUGCUAUCUUCGGCGGCACCCUCCUGGCAAUCAACCUCAUCUUCAACCGCGAGACCCGUGAAGAUGGCGGCAUGCCGCCCUUUGAACGCGAAUACCUCAACUCCACCUUCGCCCACACCGGCCUCGGCCUCGGCAUCAUCGCCGUCGCUGCCCGCGCCUUGCAUACAUCCGGCUGGUCCUACCGUCUCAUGUCUGCGAACCCGUGGCUCGUCCUCGGCAUCGGUCUUGUGGGGAGUAUUGGAACGAUGAUGGGUUGCCAUGCCACGCCACCGGAGAACUACAUGCUGAAGUACGGUCUGUGGGUUGGGUUCAACCUCACGCAAGCUGCUCUUCUAUCGCCCAUGCUUUUCUUCAGCCCGGCCAUCCUCGCCCGUGCGGGUCUGUAUACAAUCGGCAUGAUGGGUUCCAUCGCUUUCGUCGGCGCCACAGCGAAACAGGAGAAGUAUCUCUACCUCGGCGGCCCACUCCUAGCAGGCGUAGCCAUUGUCGCACUUUCCGGCCUGGCUCCCUUGGUCCUUCCAGUCACAGCCACAAGAACCCUCAUGAUGACCGAGAACCUCUGGCUCUACGGCGGUCUGGCUGUCUUCGGCGGCUUCACACUCUACGAUGUCCAGAAGAUCCUUGCGCAUGCCCGUAUGGCGGAGCAAGGACGUUUCAGGCGAGACACUGUCAACGAGUCCAUAAGUUUGGAGCUGGACUUUAUCAAUAUCUUUGUCAGAAUGGUGCAGAUCUUGGCUAUGCAGCAGGGACGGAGGAAGUAG